AUGGCGUUAACAACGGCGGAUAAUUCAACUAACAAAUCUUCAUCGUCAAUUGCUUCAAUAAAAACAACAAACACCCAGAGAGGGAAACGAAAAAUCAUGAUUGAACCCAUAAUCAACAAAAGAAAAAGACAAGAAACUUCCUCAAAACGACGAAUAGGCUUAUUUAAAAAAGCCAAUGAAUUAAGUUCGGUAUGUGAUGCUAAAAUUGCUGUUAUUACAUUCUCUAAUGGUGGAAAAAUGUUUUCAUUUGGUAAUCCGAAUACUGAUAACAUUGUUCAUCGUUAUAUCAACGAUAAUCAUGAUCAGAUUAAUUUGGGUUUUUAUUCUAAUCGUUGUGAUGAUAUUAUAGAACAAAUUAAACCAGAUAUUAGAACAGAAACAAAUCAAAAUUUUGAGGUUAAAUUGGAAGGAUUAAGAAAUGAAGUAAUUUCAAAAUUUAAUCAUUCUUCCAUCAAUAUUGAUAAUCAGAAACUUGGUGAUCAAGUAAUUGAUGAUCAUAACAUGAUUAAGGAUGUAAUUGAUAUUGAUAAUCAAAACCUUGGUGAUCUAAUAAUCGACGAUCAUGACAUAAUUAAGGAUAGAAGUGAAUUUAAGGAUGAAAGUACAUUUAUUUCAGAAAGUUUUGGGUUUAAGGAUCGGAUGAAAAUACAGAUAUUUCGACAAAUUCUGGGUUUAAUGCAACAACAAUAG